AUGGACAGGCAGGAGACCCGUCUCCGCAGAGGCAGCAAGGUUGCCGCGCGAUUGGUCGCGCCCGCCCCGCCGCGGCAGGCACUAGAAACACCAGAAGAAGCCGCAGAAGCCCAGGAAUGCAGCGAGAGGCACAAAAACGUGGCAGGCAGGGCAGGCCAGCGUUACCAACUUGCUGUUUCGCCCCGUCGGGACCCCACCGCGAUGGCAACCAUUCUGAGGGCGUGGCUUCGACGCCAGCGCAGCCCGGGUCAAGUCCACGACGAACAAUGUUGGCAUGGCACCCGUCAUGUGAUGCACGUCCACGGCCGUGCGCGACAGGAUGCUAUUGACGGUUCGUGGCUAUCCUCCGCGCGGGGUCCCGGUGCUCGCCGCCUUGCGUCUGGCGCUGCGUGCUGGGUGGAAGGCGCUCCGAAGCACGCUAGAAGGCCUGUCGUGGGAGCACGGAAGGUCCCAGGUGCCAUCAGACAUGUCGGUACACGGCCGCCAGUGCGCCUAGCAGUAAGUAGUCAAUACUACUAG